UAAUGUUUUGCAUACAUGUUGCGUUUCUAAUAUUGUAUAUAAAGAGAAAUGCUGUGAUUUAAUCUUUUUUCGUACUCUGAGUAAGGAACGAGUCGAACAAAAAUGUAUAUGCUAAUCCUGCUGAGUUUGGUAAUUGGGGCUUUAGCCGAUGAGUGUCCUUCAAAUUCUCACUUUAACGAUUGUGGAAGCGCUUGCCCAAUUACGUGUGAGAACUACAAGAACCCUCCAACCUUUUGCAUUCGAAUAUGUGUAGAUGGUUGCCAUUGUGACGAAGAUGAGGGAUACGUUAAAACAAAAGAUGGACGAUGUGUUUUACCAGAAGAUUGUGGACCAAAUGAUUCAGAUGCAAAUAAUUGUUUGGCUCAGCCUGAUGCAGGACUUUGUCGAGGAAGUUUCGAAUCCUAUUACUACGAUCCAAAGAAAGGUGAUUGCUUUCAGUUUAUCUAUGGAGGAUGUGGAGGUAAUAGUAACAGGUAUUCUACGUACGACGAAUGUAAAAGCGCAUGUGCAGCUUAAACGGGCGACUUCUCUUCAAAUUUCAGAAGCUUUGGAUCCGAAAAGAACAAUGGAAAUAACAUUGGAUAUGCCUUAGCUGAAGUUCCUCUAGUCAAAAUUUUUAUACUUAUUUUAAUAUGUGUUCAUUUUAUACGACACAAUAAAUUCAUAAUAAAACCUUAA